UUUCUCACAUAGCUGUCAUCUUAGAAAGACAACAUGGAGAUUUUGGAUUUUUGGAACAUAUUCAUUCUUGUCAUGGUACAUAUCUGCCCUGUCAUAAUGGGUGAUUCUCAGUGCCCUAAAGACAAUAUCGCUAUGAAAGGAGGCAGUUACAUUCUUUCCAAUAUGUACAGUAAUGGUAGUAUUCUAAAGUACAUCUGCCCAGAGGGUUAUUAUCCAGAUCCUCUAAAGAAACGUGUAUGUAAAGGUGUUGAAUGGAAUCCGACAACCAGAAGGAUCCUUGAAUGCAAAAAGGUUACAUGUCCAGAUCCAAGGGUUCUGCAGAAUGGAGAUGUGCACCCUUAUCAGCGAUGGUAUUUUGUGAAUGACACAAUCACCUCCAAGUGUGGCACUGGUUACACAUUCAGGGGCUCUGAAACAAGAGUCUGCCAAGUUAAUGGAAAGUGGAGCGGAAGCACCCCAGUUUGUAGUAGUAGCUCUGAUCACUGCCCUGAUCCGGGCACUCCACCUGGGGCAUCCAGAACAAGUAGCAGUUUCAACAUUGAUGACAAGGUGGUCUACAGAUGCAAUGGCAAGUUAAAGCUAGUAGGUUCCAAAGAACGUGUAUGUCAGGAUAAUGGCGAGUGGUCAGGAGAAGAGCCGGUGUGCUACGCUGAAUUCACAUAUGACACCCCAGAGGAAGUAGCAGAGGCUUUUGGAGGUUCUCUUAAGACUUCUCUAUCUAUACAUGAUGAAGCAGGUCAAUAUGAGAAAUCAAUAAGAGUGGAUACAGGAGGAAACCUUGACAUCUACAUAGCCCUGGACGCAUCUGAAAGCAUUGAGGAAAAAGACUUCAAUCAGGCAAAGAAAGUUGUUCUGACACUCAUGGACAAGAUUAGCUACUAUGAGGAGUCUCCAAAUUAUGAGAUCAUCAUUUUUGCCACAAAUGUAACAAAAAUUAUUAAUAUGAUGGAGUUCAAAAAGAAUAAAGAAAAAGCUCUGGCUGAGGUAAUCGAGAAGCUGGAAAAAUUUAAAUUUGUUGUAAAACAGGGGAAUUCAGGGACCAACAUUGCGGGAACUUACAAAGCUAUUCUUGACAGCAUCGCUUUUGAAAAAGCCAGAAAUGGUUUCAACCCUGAGACCCAUCAUGUCGUAAUCAUGUUUACUGAUGGUAGUUACAAUAUGGGUGGAGACCCCAAAAUCUAUGUUGAGCGAAUUAAAGAAACUGUAUACAAUGGGACUGCCAAACGAGAAAAAUAUCUGGAUCUUUAUGUAUUUGGAGUGGGUGCAUCUGCAGAGAAAGAGGACAUGAAUAAGUGGGUGACAAAAAGAGAUAAUGACAAGCAUCUUUUCUUAAUAAAGGACAUGAAAACAAUGCAAGAGACCCUGGAUUACAUCAUUGAUGAAAGCACAAAAGUGGGUCUGUGUGGACUUUACAAAAACUAUGAUGAUGAAAAAGAAGAAUUCAAGCGUCUUGCAUACCCUUGGCUGACAAAGAUUAUUGUGACUAAUAUGGAUGGCAGUUCACGAAACUGUAUAGGAUCACUUGUCACUCCUAAGUUUAUUCUAACUGCUGCCCACUGCUUCAGGCUUGAAGAAGAACCCCUCAAAAUUUACAUUGAAGCAACCGAUGCCAAAGAAAAUAAAAUAUUGAAGGCAAUGCGGCACAUAUCUCAUCCCAGAUACAACCCCCAACAGAAAGUAGAGGCGGGAAUAUCGGAGUAUUAUGAAUAUGAUGUGGCUCUCAUUGAAUUGGAGCAAGGUGUAACUCUUAGUAAAGAAAUCAGACCCAUCUGCAUUCCCUGUACCGUGGAAACCAGUGCAGCUCUAAAACUGCCAAGCCAAGACGUAACAUGCAAACAGCAUGAGGAGUUGUUGAUGAAAGAGAAGUAUGUAGAUGCUUUCUUCAUGUCAUUAAGGAACCCUAAAAAACAAAAGAAAAAUGUUCAAAUCAAACAAGAAGAUAAGAAAAAAGAAUGUGUUGAAAUUGCCAGAAAGGCAUUAAAUAUCACAGACAAGGCUGCUGAGGAAUUAAUUAAUGACAACUUUCUUUGCACUGGAGGGUCUGGACCAAAAUCUGUAGAUGAUAAUCCAUGCCCAGGGGAUUCAGGUGGACCAACAUUUGUGAGUCACACAUAUCGUUUAUUUCAGCUUGGUGUAGUCAGCUGGAGUUCAUCUAAGGAAUGUCCACCCCUAAAUAAGCGACAAACCAGAGACUUCCACACAAACCUCUUUAAUCCAAAAAUAAGGGAAUUCCUUAAAGAACAUCUUGGUGAUGAAAAAAUAGAUGCUCCUCUGCACUUUUUGUAAAGAUACAAGGGUGCUUAUGUUCCUUUAUGCAUUUCAUCUGCUUUACUGCAAUAAAUAUUUAGGACAGUAAGACCCAAAUAUAGUAUGUAGGUUAGCAUUAUGUGUUUUUAUCAAAUAAGUAAGUGUUUUUAUUCAGAAAGUGUUGUUCAAGACAAAAUGUUACCAACAUUGACCUCGACAAACAACCACUGAGUAAUCUGCUUCUUUUUUUAUGCAUGCCAGCACAGUUUUAAAAAUGAAACAAACAACUAAGUAAAUCCCGUAAUCCCGGGAAAAGAACAAUUACAUAAAUAAAUAAAUCCCAGUACUGCAAUGGCAUGCACACUGUUUUAACAGGGUGUUUUGCGCCUCAGCACUGAGGUGCCAGAUUUGAGCCCUGCACCUGCAAGAAUAGAAAAUAAACCCAAUUUGCAGGAUGCUUAACCAAGGUAGAAUAAUGCUGUGGCUAAUAAAAAUCACAAACGAAAAGGGGAUAAGCAAAAAAAAAAAAAAAACUGGUUAAAGUAAUGGACACCAAAUAACAAAUUAAAGACACUAUGGGUGUGUUCGAAAACCAAGGGAGCUGCCUUGCUGUCCUACUGUCUACAUAGGCAGCUGCAUGACCAGAGAAGAUUCUAAGUCAUUGACUCAUAAGGCAAGUUAUUCGAACGCACUACUUAGCGAUUUCAUUGGGUUUCACUUACUAAGCUAACACAGCCAUCAGAAUCAUGCCAUUCAAACCGUUGGGGUGAGGUGGUACAACACACUAGCAUCUCCCUCCGUGUACUGAAAACAGUUACAUUCACUGACAAGCCCGAACUUGCAAAUAAAUACACUUGUACACAUUUAUACAAAUUAAAAAUCAAUGAUAAUUUAUUUAUGUUUGAAAGUAAGUCCGUUCUUUGUUUCUCAUUGUCUGCCAAUUUUUUUUUUCUGUGAGUAAAGUGCCGCACUGAAUGCUGGGAUUUCUUUUUGCUUCUUUAGCAGCAUCGGAUGCUCCCUCGUUCUUGUGUCAAAAUAGCGUUGAAAUUUUAAAACGCCUUACUAGCAAGUAUAUCACGGCAUCUAGGAUUUCGAACCGCCUCCUUCUCGGGAGCGUGUAGGAUGAAAUGCUGUCUAUGUAGAGAGCGCACUAGGUUUUCGAACACACCCAAUAACUCCCUUUUUUCAUUGUGCUUCCACUUUGAUUUUUGCUUAUCCACUUUUUGGUUGUGACUUUUUAGCCACAGUAUUUUUCUACCUUGGUUAAGCAAAUCUGGUUCAUUUUCAGUUCUUGCAGGGGCGGGAGUCAAAACUGUCCCCUCGGUACAGAAGUGCAAUCUGCUCUGUUACAAUUGUAUACCUUUCAGUUGUAAAAUACCUUACAUGUGUAAAAUUUUGACAUCCACUGUAUUAUCACAUGCUGCAAAAUAUGUUGUAGCUUUCCAAUGUAUUUUUAUACAAUAAAAAUAAUGUUUUAUAAUUCA